CUAAUCCUGAGCCUCUCUGGGCGGGUCUUCUUACUUCCUGUUUCUAGUUUCCUUUCACUUUCCAGAGGCUGUGUCGCAGUUCUUUCUCUCGGUGUGGAGCUCCAGCUGAAUGACCCAUCAGAGACCAGACCCUGCUGAACCUGGUCCCAGCUGUGUGUCCAUGAAGAGCCACCGGUACACGGAGACACCACCACUUUAAAAACAAGGAGACCUGAAAGGGACAGGCCAAUUAAAAUGGAGAAGAGAAGGAAGAGGCAAAGACAGAAGGACGGGGUGGAACAGAUUGAUAGCCAAAGACAGAGGAUCCAUCAGAGACCAGACUCUGCUGGACCUGAACCAAGCUGUGUGUCCGUCAAGAGCAACUGGUCAAAUGGUCGCCUCCUUGACUUUAAAGGAGAGCAACCCUCUGCUAGAAAGAGGAUCCAUCAGAGACCAGACUCUGCUGGACCUGAACCCAGCUGUGUGUCCGUCAAGAGCAACUGGUCAAAUGGUCGCCUCCUUGACUUUAAAGGAGAGCAACCCUCUGCUAGAAAGAGAGUGAACCAGGAGAGUUCAGAGGGUCCCAGUGGUCAGCCUGCCCAGCAGCAUCAAACCCACCUGGACUCCAUCUUUAGGCUCUUGGAGGAUGACAUUGUCACUUUUGUGAAUAACGAGCUGAAGAAGAUGCAGAAGCUUCUUAGACCAGAUUACCCAGAAUGCUCAGAGAGUCAGAGGGAGGGUGAGGAUGAAGAGCAGAGGAGGACCAGAGAGGCGUUUUUGAAGAUCACACUGCACUUCCUGCGGAGAAUGAAGCAGGACGAGUUGGCUGACUGUCUGCAGAGCAGAUGUCCAGCAGGAGUUUGUCAGCGUAAACUCAAAUCUAAGCUAAACAAGAACUUCCAGCGUGUGUUUGAGGGGAUUGCUAAAGCAGGAAACCAAACCGUUCUGAAUCAGAUGUUCACAGAGAUCUACCUCAUGAAGGGAGGGGCUGCAGGGGUCAAUGAAGAACAUGAGGUCAGACAGAUUGAAACAGCAUUGAGGAACCCAGACAGACCAGAAACAAUAAUCAGAUGUGAAGACAUCUUUAAAACCCCACCUGGAAGAGAUGAACCAAUCAGAACCGUGAUGACAACGGGAGUGGCUGGCAUCGGAAAAACAGUCUUAACACAGAAGUUCACUCUGGACUGGGCUGAAGGCAAAGCCAACCAGGACAUCCAGUUCACAUUCCCAUUCACCUUCAGAGAGCUGAAUGUGCUGAACGAGAGAAAGUUCAGCUUGGUAGAACUGGUUGAUUACUUCUUUAGUGAAACCAAAGAAGCAGGAAUCUGCAGGUUUGAAGAGUUCCCGGUGGUCUUCAUCUUUGACGGUCUGGAUGAGUGUCGACUUCCUCUGGACUUCCUCAACACUAAAAUCCUGACUGAUGUUACAAAGUCCACCUCAGUGGGUGUGCUGCUGACAAACCUCAUCAGGGGGAAUCUGCUUCCCUCUGCUCGCCUCUGGAUAACCACACGACCUGCAGCAGCCAAUCAGAUCCCUCCUGGGUGUGUUGACAUGGUGACAGAGGUCAGAGGGUUCACUGAACCCCAGAAGGAUGAGUACUUCAGGAAGAGAUUCAGAGAUGAGGAGCAGGCCAGCAGAAUCAUCUCCCACAUCAAGACAUCACGAAGCCUCCACAUCAUGUGUCACAUCCCAGUCUUCUGCUGGAUCACUGCUACAGUUCUGGAGGACGUGUUGAAGACCAGAGAGGGAGGAGAGCUGCCCAAGACCCUGACUGAGAUGUACAUCCACUUCCUGGUGGUUCAGGCCAAAGUGAAGAACAUCAAGUAUGAUGGAGGAGCUGAGACAGAUCCACACUGGAGUCCAGAGAGCAGGAAGAUGAUCGAGUCUCUGGGAAAACUGGCCUUUGAGCAGUUGCAGAAAGGCAACCUGAUCUUCUAUGAAUCAGACCUGAAAGAGUGUGGCAUUGAUAUCAGAGCAGCCUCAGUGGUCUCAGGAGUGUUCACACAGAUCUUUAAAGAGGAGAGUGGACUGUACCAGGACAAGGUGUUCUGCUUUGUCCAUCUGAGUGUUCAGGAGUUUCUGGCUGCUCUUCAUGUCCAUCUGACCUUCACCAACUCUGGAGUCAACCUGCUGGCAGAAGAACAAACAUCAUCAACACAGUUCUACCAGACUGCUGUGGACAAGGCCUUACAGAGUCCUAAUGGACACCUGGACUUGUUCCUCCGCUUCCUCCUGGGUCUUUCUCUGCAGACCAAUCUGAAACUCCUGCGAGGUCUGCUGACACAGACAGGAAGUAGCUCAGAAACCAAUCAGGAAACAGUGGAGUACAUCAAGGAGAAGAUGGAUAAGGAUCUGUCUGCAGAGAGAAGCAUCAAUCUGUUCCACUGUCUGAAUGAACUGAAUGAUGGUUCUCUAGUGGAGCAGAUCCAAGUGUCCCUGAGUUCAGGACGUCUCUCCACAGAUGAGCUGUCUCCUGCUCAGUGGUCAGCUCUGGUCUUCAUCUUACUGUCAUCAGAAGAAGAUCUAGACGUGUUUGACUUGAAAAAAUACGAGGCUUCAGAGGAGGCUUUUCUGAGGCUGCUGCCAGUGGUCAAAGCCUCCAACAAAGCUCUGCUGAGUGGCUGUAAUCUGUCAGAGAGAAGCUGUGAAGCUCUGUCCUCAGUUCUCAGCUCCCAGUCCUCUAGUCUGAGAGAGCUGGACCUGAGUAACAACAACCUGCAGGAUUCAGGAGGGAAGCUGAUCUCUGAUGGACUGAAGAGUCCACACUGCACACUGAAGACUCUCAGGCUGAGUGGCUGUAACCUGUCAGAGAGAAGCUGUGAAGCUCUGUCCUCAGUCCUCAGCUCCCAGUCCACUAGUCUGAGAGAACUGGACCUGAGUAACAACAACCUGCAGGAUUCAGGAGGGAAGCUGAUCUCUGAUGGACUGAAGAGUCCACACUGCACACUGGAGACUCUCAGUCUGUCAGGCUGUCUGAUCUCAGAGGAAGGCUGUUCUUCUCUGGUCUCAGCUCUGAACUUCAACCCCUCCCAUCUGAGAGAGCUGGACCUGAGCUACAAUCAUCCAGGAGACUCAGGAGUGAAAUUGCUGUCAGCGGGACUGGAGGAUCCUCUCUGGAGACUGGACAGUCUCAGACUGAGUGGCUGUGACCUUUCAGAGAGAAGCUGUGAAGCUCUGUCCUUAGUUCUCAGCUCCCAGUCCUCUAGUCUGAGAGAGCUGGACCUGAGUAACAACGACCUGCAAGAUUCAGGAGUGGAGCUGAUGUCUCCUGGACUAAAGAGUCCACACUGCAGACUGGAAACUCUCAGGUUGAGUGGCUGUAACCUGUCAGAGAGAAGCUGUGAAGCUCUGUCCUCAGUUCUCAGCUCCCAGUCCUCUAGUCUGAAAGAGCUGGACCUGAGUAACAACAACCUGCAGGAUUCAGGAGGGAAGCUGAUCUCUGAUGGACUGAAGAGUCCACACUGCACACUGGAGACUCUCAGUCUGUCAGGUUGUCUGAUCUCAAAGGAAGGCUGUUCUUCUCUGGUCUCAGCUCUGAGCUCCAACCCCUCCCAUCUGAGAGAGCUGGACCUGAGCUACAAUCACCUAGGAGACUCAGGAGUGAAGCUGCUGUCAGUGGGACUCAAGGAUCCUCUCUGGAGAUUGGACACUCUCAGGGUGGAGCCUGCUGGAGUCAGAUGGUUGACACCAGGUCUGAGGAAGUAUUCCUGUGAACUCACGGUUGACACAAACACGGUGAACAGGAAACUUAAACUGUCUGACAACAACAGGAAGGUGACACGUGUGAAGGAGGAUCAGCCAUAUCCUGGUCAUCCAGAGAGGUUUGAGUCCUGGUCUCAGCUGCUGUGUAGAGAUGGUCUGACUGGUCGCUGUUACUGGGAGGUCGAGACGAGAGGAGGGGUUUAUAUAUCAUUGAGUUACAGAGGAAUAAGGAGGAGAGGAUACAGUGAUGACUGUGUGUUGGGAUAUAAUGAUCAGUCCUGGAGUCUGGUCUGCUAUAACGGUCGUUACUUUGUCUGUCACAAUAACAGAGGAACAUCCAUCUCCGUCCCCCGUGUCUCUGGAAGAGUAGCAGUGUAUGUGGACUGUCCUGCUGGCUCUCUGUCCUUCUACACAGUCUCCUCUGACUCACUGAUCCACCUCCACACCUUCAACACCUCAUUCACUCAGACUCUCUAUCCUGGGUUUAGGAUCUGGUCUCUUGGAUCCUCAGUGUCUCUGUGUCCUGUGUAAGACGGAUAGUCUCCUCCUGUCUCUCACUGCUGAUCAGCUGAGUCUGGACAGGAUCACACUUCCAUAAAUAUAUCAGCUUAUUGUUAUGAACAAAUGAAUGAACUUUGUGUGAAAUAAUCCAGGAUGAUUAAACAGAUUCCUUGUGAACAUUGUAAUCUUUUUCCACUUCCAGUCCUUUAA